CGCAUCGACACGGGAUGAUAAUAGACAAAAAGGCCGGCGCCCAUCCUGACCAUACAAACUUUAUUGCUUUCGAGUAAUACUGGACCACGUAUGUAUGCAAAAUCAGCCAGCGGUAUGCCAGAUGCACUUUCUGCACAGACCUUUCUCUGGCAGGGAGGGUGCAGGCACUAUAUAAUCCUCUCCUUGCCUUCUGCUUCAAUCCUGAUCUUCUAUUCCACCCCUGGCCGAGCACAGGUAUACACCAGAAACGACGACGAAGCCUUGCUACUCUGUUCAUAGCCUCGACGUACAGUUGGUGAGGCACACCAGAAACACCAUGGGCAUCCUGGACCACUUGUCCGAUGUCUGCAGCAUCACGGAGACGAAGGAGGCCCUCAAGCUCCGAAAGAAGCGCCCGCUGCAGACGGUAAACAUCAAGGUGAAGAUGGACUGCGAGGGGUGCGAGCGGCGGGUGAAGAGCGCCGUCAAGUCGAUGCGGGGCGUGACCAGCGUGGUGGUGAACCCGAAGCAGAGCAAGUGCACCGUGACGGGGUAUGUGGAGCCGGCCAAGGUGCUGGAGCGGGUGAAGAGCACGGGCAAGGCGGCGGAGAUGUGGCCCUACGUGCCAUACACGAUGACCACCUACCCCUACGUCGGCGGCGCCUACGACAAGAAGGCCCCGGCGGGCUUCGUCCGCAGCGCGCCGCAGGCCAUGGCCGACCCCAGCGCGCCCGAGGUCAGGUACAUGAACAUGUUCAGCGACGAGAACGUCAACGCAUGCACCGUCAUGUGAUGAUCCCGGGCGUGAGCCGCUGGCUGGGGAUGGCUGUGGCCAUGGCCAUGGAUGCGCUCGUAUGUAUGCUAGCAUGUUCAGACGGAGGGCUAAAGAGAAAUAUGUUUGCCUCUAAUGAGUUUGUAUGUGUUAGGUGCAUUAAUGUCGACCAUGUGUUUGGUUCCCAACAAGAAAAGCAAGUAGAAUGAGUAGCUAAUUUUGGGCUCUCUUUGGGAGCGUACUACACUCCAGCUGCUGCAUAACGCCAUAUCGAUUUUUAGCAUUUGUCGUGGCUAUGUUUGGACCCGGAUCUGAUCAACGCUUAGUUCCGGAUCCAACAGUUAAGUGGAAGUUCAGGUUUUGAUUUGGGAAAUUGUAUUUGAGUUGGUUUAAGCAUAUUUCAUGAUAUACUAACUCUCCACAGAUCCAGACCUUCCCACCCUAUAAAUAUAAAUGGAGGGAAUUAAAUCUA